AUGGUGGACACUGAAUGUCGCGCUAUCUUUCCAAUACAUUCCAAAAGGGUAUGGCAAGUGAAAACACAUCCCUCCUGCAAAUCAUUUGCAUCUUGUUCUGCAGAUGGCACCAUUCAAAUUACCAACAUAGACGCUAGCGAAUCUUUUUCGCUGGAAGAAGUUUCCAAAAAAUCUGUUAGAUCGAUUUCUUAUUCGCACGAUGGCCGUCUUUUUGCAGCUUGUGGGUUUGACGGGACUACAAAAAUUUGGAAUACCUCAUCUGCCCCAUCUAGCGCCUCUGCCUCGUCUACCCCAUCUGUUUCCUCCUAUUUCCUAAUUUGCACUCUGGAGGGGCAUGAAAACGAGGUUAAAUGCGUUGAUUGGGCUCCGGUUUCCUUAAUUUCUUCAGCCACAUAUCUUUUAGCAACUUGUGGCAGGGAUAAAAGUAUCUGGCUCUGGGCAAUUGAAGUUGAUUCAUUCUCAUCAUCAUCGCAAGAGGUGCUUGCCAUUCUGCAAGAACACACUCAAGAUGUGAAAUGCAUUGCUUUUCACCCAGAAUAUCCAGGAAUCAUGGCUUCUGCCUCUGCAGAUGAGAGCAUUCGGGUUUGGGUUGAUUGCGACUCUGAUGUCAUCGGGCGUGGAGAUGGCGACUGGGUCUCAAAGGCCCUUCUCACCGGCCAUACUGGGAUUGUAUGGCAAGUUGCAUGGUUGACAUCCAAUCUUCUGCUCUCUGCAUCCGAGGAUGGGACCGCAAGAAUGUGGGGGCCUUCUUCGUUAGCAUAUCGUCUCGCCCAUGCUAUUCACUUUGCUCAAAAUUCGAUUUUCAGGGCCGGCGACUGGUGA